UCUCUCUCUUUCUCUCCCUCUUUGGGUUUUCUUGCUUUUGAUUUUUUUCUUUUUUCUUUUUUCCUCUUUGUUUGCUGAGAAAACGGUGGAAAAUGAAAAUAGAAUGUUUUGGUUCUUUUUUUUUUUUUCUUUUUUUAUAUUAAACUGAUUGGAAUUGAAAUUAAGACGGCAGUCAAAGUGGAAGUAGCUUCUUGUUUUCUCUUUUAAGGAAGUUUGAGAGGCUGAGAAGCUAGAUAGAUUUGAAAUUUUGGAUUUUUAUUUUUCCUGAGUUUAUUUUCUGGGUAUCAAGGAAAGAUUCUUCAGGCGGAGUUACAGAAUAGCAGAAUUGGUUGAUGGGUACAUCAUCUGGUUCUAAUAUCCACCACCAGCCUUCAUCGAAAAUGCUACCCCCACGCCAGCAGCCGCGUCCUGGAGGCCUACAGACCUCUCUGUCUCUUGUCUCUUCAGAUCCUCGGUUCUCCCCUGAGGAACCCAGAUCAAAUUCUGAUCAUAUUCGUGAGUCCCCUACAGAGAGUGCCAGUUCUCGAGACACUUGGCCUACUGCUGAUGCCAUCAUGGCAAAGAAGAUAGAGAAUGGGAAAAUGGAUAAUGAUUGCCCUGAGCAAUCAGUUGUUCGGCGUGUUUCAAGUGCAGAUAAGAUAUCACUCCGGGACAUAGCAAGAGAUAGGGUUGACGUAAUAUCUGAAAAAAUGCAUCGUUUACCUGAUGAGUAUCUAGAAGAAGUAAAGAACAACCUGCGGGUUAUCCUUGAUGGAAAUGGUGGUACACAGCAUAGAGAGGAAUUUUUUAUUUUGCAGAAGUAUGUUCAGAAUAGGGCUGAUUUAACUGCUAAGACAUUGAUUAGGGCGCACAGGGUACAGCUUGAAAUCCUUGUUGCAAUUAACACAGGGAUUUUGGCAUUUUUGCAUCCCAAUGUCAGUCUUUCUCAGACCUCCCUCAUUGAGGUUUUUGUUUACAAAAGAUGCAGGAAUAUAGCAUGCCAAAACCAGCUUCCAGCUGAUGAUUGUACCUGUGAGAUUUGCACCAACAGAAAUGGCUUCUGUAAUCUUUGUAUGUGUGUAAUCUGUAAUAAGUUUGAUUUUGAAGUGAACACUUGCCGCUGGGUUGGCUGUGAUUUGUGCUCUCAUUGGACUCACACUGACUGUGCUAUCCGUGAUGGACUAAUAUGCAUGGGUCCUUCAGUUAAAAGUGGAGCAGGUCCCAGUGAAAUGCUUUUCAGAUGCCGAGCUUGUAACCGGACAUCUGAACUGCUAGGUUGGGUCAAAGAUGUUUUCCAACACUGUGCGCCUGCCUGGGACCGGGAUGCUCUGAUGAGAGAACUUGAUUUUGUAAGUAGGAUCUUUCAUGGGAGUGAAGACCCCCGGGGGCAGAAACUCUUCUGGAAGUGUGACGAUCUAAAAGAAAAUUUGAAAAAUGGGGUUGUGGAGUCAACAGCAGCUUGCAGAGCGAUACUAAUAUUCUUCCAAGAGCUUGAGGUGGAUUCACCAAAGAGCCUUGAAAAUGGGGAAGGUGGACGACUAAUAGCCCCUCAAGAGGCUUGUAAUCGAAUCGCUGAGGUGGUGAAGGAGGCUAUAAGGAAGAUGGAAUUGGUAGCUGAUGAGAAGAUGAGAAUGUACAAGAAAGCCCGUUUGGCUGUUGAGGCUUGUGACCGUGAACUCCAGGACAAGGCAAAGGAAGUGUCGGAACUAAAGCUAGACAGGCAGAAGAAGAAACUACAGAUUGAAGAGCUGGAGAAAAUUGUGAGGCUUAAACAUGCAGAAGCUGAUAUGUUCCAACACAAGGCAGAGGAAGCAAAAAGGGAAGCGGAGAGGCUGCAGAGGAUUGCUCUUGCUAAGUCGGACAAAUCAGAAGAAGAAUAUGCUAGCAGUUACCUGAAACAGCGGAUGAGUGAGGCUGAAGCUGAGAAGAAUUAUCUAUUUGAGAAGUUAAAGCUUCAAGAUAGUUCACGGGCAUCGCAAAGCAGUGGUGGGGGUGAUCCUUCACAGAUGCUAAUAUAUAACAAAGUGCAUGAUCUACUCUACAAUGUCCCACCUAAGACAGAGGGCUCAAAUGAACGCCUUCCAUUCAGGAAGAAUCCUUGAGGAUUAUAUGCUUUUAAUUUCUAGGAUGUUUAAUGUAUGAUUAACUAUAUCAUUCCCAACUUCAUUCUGUGCUGAACCUAAUGUGAAUGAAAUGCCAUCUUUGUUUA